AAAAAAUUCAAAUCCAUUCAUUCUUCAUCCUCUUCAUUCACUCUUUUUUAUGUUCUUAACCACUCCUCUUCUCACCAACAAUCUCAAUCACAUUCUUCGAAGAUAAAAUGCUGGUAGCUCGAUCCCCAAUCUCCGGCCACAAGAUGCACCACCGCCCGAGCAGCGGCCGCAAACCGCUCCAGCCGAAGAACUCUCCGGCGACUCCUUCCGCCACAAACCUAAAACCAAAUCCAAAUCCAAAUCCAAAUCCAAAUCACGCAGCUGUUUUUUGGAGUGAAAUCGAUCAGAGUAACAAGGAGAAUAUCUACUCCACCCCUGUGAAAAAGGAGCGUAUCCAAUUUCAGAUCGAGUUUGACUCCUUCGAUGCUUCUCUCGCGGAGGAACUGAACGCAAUCCGGGAAAAGGUCGAGCGGCUGCGGAUCGAUAAGGAGAAGACCGAUAAGAUGCUGAGAGAGAGAGCGCUCCUGCUCGAUUCGCAGAUGAAGGAGAUCGUCGAUAGAGGGAUGCUGCAGAAGCAGCUCGAGAUUGAGGUCGAUCGCCUCUUCCGAUUGAAGGAGAUCAAGCUUUCCUGCAAGAGCGUAUCGCCGAUUCGAUCGUUGAGGCAGAAGGAGCAAGCGAAGAGGAUGAAUCAGCAGCAGGAUCAGUUCAAGGCAAGUGCAAUUUUGGGGGCCAAGAAUCAGUCUGAAGAAGUGAAAGAAGAAAGCAUGAUGAGUGAGAACUGAAGUGAUUUUGGAUACUAUUUUUCAUCGCCAUUUCUGUUUUUCCUCUGGAAAAUCAGAGGCAGAUUAUCAUUAUCAUUAGUAGUACAUAAUAGUAAUAUUUUAUUUGAGAAUGUUUUUGUUGUAAUGUUUCUGUUUUUUAUUUAAAAGAACUCUUUGAAUUAAGUAGUACAACAAUUACACAAUCUCAACAUUAUUAUUAAUUUGUACAAAAAUUGUACAGAAUUCAGUGUAACAGAUUUGGUUUCAAGAUAAAUGAGCAUGUAAUACUAAAGAAUUCAGUGUGAAUGAUAACUUUAA